AUGUCAACGGACCUCGAUCCUGGUUGGGAGAAACGAAAGAGGGAUAAAUUCCCUGUUGUUUUGAAUGCGAAUGACUCCUCGGCAUUGCCUGGUGUUAAAUUUCUGUCAGAUUUGCUGAAGCCAAUUGAUGUCAAGCGCCAAACUGGUUUCAGUGAUAACGAUCUUCCCCAACCUUUCCGUAUGGCGAAAUCUUACGCUCAUGUCCCUCACGAGUUUCUCGCACCAGAUGGCUUCCCAAGCACGGGCAAUUGGCUUAAUCCCGCCUGCCAAUUUGCUGUACUUGGGCCUGAUGGGAUUUUGGGGAAAGGAAGACUUGUGCAAAGGGCUUUGGAUUACUUCCACGAGCAGGGUUAUGAAAAUGUACCCGACCCAAUGCCACUUUCUGUGAAGACACAUGGUGAUAAAAAAACCGGGACUCGCUAUCCUGCAAAGGCUGCCAUGUUCAUGGCUGCAAAGCAGGCCGAUCAGUCCGCCCACUCGGUGAAGAGAACUUUUGAUCGCAAGUUCACCAGGUUCAACGACCCAAUUCUACCAUUCGAAUCCCACGAAAGGACCAUGGAAAUCAUCUCAAAUCUCUAUACCGUUGUCACUCACGGUUGUGGACAAUUCGUUGAUCGGGAAUCAAAGAAGCUCAUCUGCACCUUUUCUUAUGAGGACUUGGAAUCUAUUACAUCUGAGGAACGUGAUGAACACCAAAAGGACGUAAAUACCAUAUUAAUGGCUACAAAGUUAUUCAGAAGGUUACCACUUCCUCCUAAAGAAACUAUCCUAAAUGCACCGGCUAUAUCGACUGCUCCUACAUCAUCUUCCAGGAUUAAAGUACCCUUUGCUGACGUAACGCAAGCUCUCAUGGACGAAACCCUGCCCCGGUGCCUAACUCCUUAUGAAAAUCAAACGCCAUCCCCUCUUACUUCAUUGGCCUCUUCACCCCUAAGUUCUCUCCCACCUUUGGAAUGCGGGGAUACCGAAAUGAUUGAUGUUAUGGUUAAUGCCCCUUCCAAGGCCUCACCUGCUGAUCAUAUUCAUUCAUCACCACUCUCCUCAGUCGAUUCAUCGCCUCUAUCUUCACUCCCACCUUCGGAUUCCGAGGACACUGACAUGGAGGAUAUCGAGGAAUCCGUUAGGGAUCAUGCUGAAGACCCUACUACACAUUUAGAUCAGAGUUCGACCGCGGUGAAGCCCAAGAAAGCCAGGACAACGAAUGGAGCCCUAUAG